ACUUGAUUGCUGCGUGUUGAUGUCAUCUCAAGACUCACCUUGCGUCCCACAAUCACUUUUCCCCCAUUCCCUAUUCAUCACCCUCCGCGUCGAGUCUGUCAGUCGCCAUCCCCAUCGUGUCCUAUUACCAGCCUGAGCGAUCGCUCACUCUCCUCCGCCUAAAAGUUGAUUUCUACCAAGAUCAUUCUUCGCCAGACUUGCACCAGGGCAUCAAUCCCUGUCAAGACCAACUAGAUUCCAGAUUCCAUGUGGACAUCGUUCGCUUAACAGCCCAAGUGUGCGUCUUUGUCUUUAGUGGCAGUGCGUUGACUCGACUCCCAAGACCUCUUGUUCUUUGUCCGCCCUAGAUUUACCCUCGAGACCUCUAUUCGCUUGCAAACCCAUUGACGCAAUAUUGUCAAUCACGACACUUAAAGAUGCCUGAAGUCGAGGGCGCCGCUGUGCCCGCCCAGAGCAAGGGAUCAUGGUCUUCGUUUCUCAAGUCCAUUGCGUCUUUCAACGGUGAUCUCUCGUCUCUGACCGCCCCUGCCUUUAUCCUCUCUACCCAGUCACUGGUCGAAUUUUCGGCGUAUUGGACUGAGAACACCUCUCUUUGGAUUGCCCCUACUCAAGAGCCCGAUGAAGCCAAGCGAGCUCUCCUCGUAAUGAAAUGGCUGCUCAAUACUUUGAAACAGCAGUACUGCUCUCGCUCCGAGAAGUUGGGAUCUGAAAAGAAACCUUUGAAUCCCUUCCUGGGCGAACUGUUCCUGGGAAGCUGGGACGACGAAUUUGGAAAAACAAGUCUGGUUUCGGAACAAGUCAGUCAUCAUCCUCCAGUGACUGCAUAUACCAUCACCAAUGAGAAAUACCGAAUUCAAUUGCAAGGUUACAACGCUCAGAAGGCCAGUUUUAGUCGAACUAUCCACGUCAAACAGAUCGGUCACGCCCUGCUCACCUUGUAUCCACCGGGGAGCGACGUGCCCGAAACCUACCUCAUCACCUUGCCAGCACUGCAUAUUGAGAGUCUCAUCUAUGGCGCCCCAUUUGUAGAGUUGGGAAAAUUCAUCCAUAUCGUGUCUAGCACUGGUUAUAUUUCCAAGAUUGAUUUCGCAGGCAGGGGAUGGGUGUCGGGGAAGAAGAACAGUUUUACCGCUCAACUCUGGAAAGAUGGACAUGGGUCUGAGAAGAAUCCACUGUACACGGCUGAUGGACAGUGGUCAGACACAUUUACAUUAAAGCAAGGCGAGGGAAAGAAGGCCAAAGAAAUUGAAACCUUUUCACCUUCCAACAUCAAACUGUCGAGAAUCAACGUUGCGCCAAUUGAGGAACAAGACGUGUUUGAGUCACGGAAGGCGUGGGCCAACGUGGCACGCAGCAUUGAAAAGGGAGACAUGGAUGCGACAUCGCACUUCAAGUCUCGAAUUGAGAAUGCCCAACGCGCCUUGCGGAAGAAGGAGCAAGAAGAGAAACGAGAAUGGCAGCGUGUCUUUUUCUCUCAGGCCGACUCUUCUCAUACCGCCGAAGUGAUUUUCCAAGGUUUGGUGCAGAAGAUCUCUGGCCUUGGGGUCAACUCUUGGGAAGGAGUGGCUCCAGAGAAGACAGCAGGUGUUUGGAGAUAUGAUGAACACAAGGCCAAGACGGCGACCAAGCCAUUCCAUCCAGAAGGAUUAAUCGCGCUUGGAGAAAAUUCCGAUGGGACGAGUGCACCGAUCAGCCGCAUCUCGACGAAUCAAAGUGGUGUUCCAAGCUGAGAAAUGGACCCAAGGACUUGAAUGGUUUAGAUAAAAUAGCCGAUGGCAGACGAAAAAAGGCAAUGGGGAGGGAGGCAACAAGGCCAAUCACUGGGGACUAGGCUUCGUCCUGAGGGUAUCACAGUACUUGUAUUACUAUUGUCGAACUUUGAUCUUGUCAUGAGCUUUAGAACCAAGCUGCAGAGACAGACUUGGUUAGUUGGUCACUCGGUGCUUUGAAUGCCCGGGCGCAAGAGUAAAAGUAAACCC